CAUCAUCAGUCUCUCACUGCUCCCUACUGUGCUUUGUCCCGACGGUGAUAUAAGAGAAAUACCUGCUUCUCCUUGGAUGCUUGAAAUCUAUUCCUCGAUUCUUUCUCCAAGAUCAUCUCCUACUUGUUGGCAGCUUCUCGGGAACGGGACCGUCUUUGGAUACCUACCUGCCGUUUUCACCUGACAUUCCUGUUGUCACGUUUCUUUUUCACAACCCAGUCACCCUUUUCCCUUCGGUCUCGGUCUAAUUCCUUAGAAGCGUCUGUGGGACAUACACUAUGGCCCCUUCAGCAACUUCACCGGGUGUCGUCUCUCAGCUCAACAUGGCUAAAGAUGUUAAAGAUGGAGCAAAUGGCGCCAAAGCCCGUCGUUGCCUCAUCGACAGGUCAUUAAAUGAGGUCCCUUUUGAAGUCAUUGGAUCAAAAGGAAACUAUCUUCAUAUGAGCAGCGGCCCCAAGAUAUUUGAUGCUACAGGUGGUGCUGCUGUGGCAUGUUUGGGUCACGGUAACGGUGAGGUCAACGAGGCUAUCGUGGACCAACUACAGGUCAAUUCAUACUGCAAUUCUAUGCUGUUCACAAACUCGAUUAAUGGUACUCUGGCCCAGGAGAUUAUCCAUGGCACGGGCAAUCUCAUGUCGAGGGUGUAUAUUUGCAGCUCUGGCUCUGAAGCAACAGAGGCAGCCAUGAAAAUGGGUCGACAAUAUUUCUGCGAGCUCUCUCCCCCACAACCCCAACGCACCAAAUUCAUCGCCCGCGAGCACUCCUACCACGGCAACACCAUUGGCUCCCUCUCCCUCUCCGGCCACGUCGCCCGCCGCGAAGCCUACACCCCCAUCCUCUCCGAAAACAUUUCCUGGGUCUCAGCCUGCAACCCCUACCGCCAACGCCUCCCCAACGAAUCCGACGCCGCCUUCGUCGCACGAAAAGCUGCCGAGCUAGAUAAUGAGUUCCAGCGCCUCGGGCCCGACACCGUCAUAGCUUUCGUGUGCGAGCCUAUCUCCGGUGCCGCUCUCGGCUGCGUCCCUUACGUCGACGGGUACCUAUCAGCUAUGAAGGGGGUGUGUCGUAAAUACGGCGCUCUAUUCAUGCUUGAUGAGAUCAUGUCCGGUAUGGGGCGGUCUGGCACACUUCACGCCUGGCAAGGCGAGCACGUCGACGGCGACCCAAAGCGGGAUUGCCUUCCUGAUCUACAGAUGGUCGGGAAAGGGCUGGGAGGUGGCUACCAACCCAUCGCGGCCGUUAUCGCCGGUAAGCAGUAUAUCAACGCCAUCAAAGCCGGAACCGGCGGCAUCAUCCACGGGCAAACCUACCAAGCCCACCCCGUCGCCUGCGCGGCCUCACUAGCCGUCCAACGCAUUAUCCGGCGGGAGAACCUCCUCUCCAACGUCGUGAGACAGGGCGCCUACCUGUCGCAGCUGCUCAGACAGAAAAUCGGAUCGCACCCCCACGUAGGGGACAUCCGGGGCAAGGGUCUCUUCUGGGGCGUUGAAUUCGUGCGGGAUAAAGAGACGAAGGAGCCAUUUCCCAAAACAUGGGGUGUCGCAGGGAGGAUAUUGGAUGUGGCGCUGAAGGGGCCUUUUAAUAUUACGUUUUAUCCGGGGCAGGGGACGGCGGAUGGGUGGGAGGGGGAUCAUGUUAUUGUGUCGCCAGCGUAUAAUGUUACGAAGGAGGAUGUAGAGUUGAUUACUGAUAAGUUGGUGGGGGUUUUGGAUAAGGUUUUUGAACAGCUGAAGCGCGAGGGGAAGAAUGCGGGUGAUAAUUGAGGAGCCCGCACGUGUGGUGCUGCAUAUUGUGGAUACUUGACGACGGUGGCGUUCGUGAGCUGUUGGAAAAGCAACGAAAAAGGGGAGCAAGGGGCUGGGCCGGAGGUAAUAUAUUUUGGUGAUAAAGUUUUAGCGAUUUAGCAAUUCUCAUUUUUGGUCUUAGUAAAUUCUGAUAAUUAUUUCAAUUUAACAUUAUGGAUAAUGACUACUAGAGUUCAGGG